CCGGAGACGCCCAGCCACUGACGUGGCGAGAUCUGGGCCGCGAAUCCCCGGAUGCCGUGAUCCCCUUCGCCUCCCGUCGCUACGGCAGGAGAGAGGGGGAGAGGGGUCUUUCCCCGUGCGUGCCGCGAUGGAGGGACGGGGGCGAGAGGCGAGAGACCAAAACCCUGCACGUGGACGCAGCGAAACUAAACCCGGACUUGUUCCCCGGUCGAUAAGUUGGAUUUCAUAAGCCGCCGAUCCGUCCGAGGCAUUUUUUGUGGAACUUAGGGGCGAGAGGAGGAGGAGGAGCAGCAGGGAAGGAAGGGCAUCACCAAAGCCGCAAGCCCAAGCGCAAGCGCACGACAGGAAGGAGGAGGAGGGCGGAGGGCGGAGGGCGGAGGAUUCGCCGCUUGCUAGCGAAGCCCUAAUUCGCCUCUCCCCGCGCGCCAUCGACCUCGAUCCAUCGCGCUUUUUGAUCGGAUCACCUGGAAUUCGCGGUAGCGUAGUCCGGACACUGCGUGUGCUUCCCCUGCUUCUGCUGACGGAGGUGGAAAUGGAUUUGGUCUCUAAUUGCAAGGUUUCUGGGGCCACUGAUUUAGCUUCAAACGGUCAGGGAGCCUCAGAUUGCAGUAAUGUCAAAGUUGAAGGAGAGUCGAUUGACCCAUAUCGGUCAGAUGCAAUGGUCAGAUGUCCAUGUGGAAGUUCUUCGGAAACAGAGUCAGUGAUCAAGUGUCAGGACCCAAGCUGCCAUGUCUGGCAACACAUGAGUUGUGUCGUCUUUCCUGAAAAACCUGGGGAGGAGGAUCCUGAAAAUUUUUAUUGUGAGCUGUGCCGUCUCAGUCGUGCUGAUCCGUUUUGGGUUUCAGUGAGACAUCCUCUGCAGCCUGUGAAGAUGGUUACUACAAAUAUUCCAGUUGAUGGUACUAAUCCCGUACAGAGUGUUGAGAGAACUUUUCAACUGACAAGGGCAGACAGAGACCUUUUAUUGAAGCAAGAGUUUGAUCUUCAGGCCUGGUGUAUGCUUCUCAGUGACGAGGUUUCAUUUAGGAUGCAUUGGCCUCAACAUGCAGACCUACAGGUCAAUGGUUCUGUUGUUCGUGCUAUUAAUAGGCCUGGCUCACAGCUGCUGGGGGCUAAUGGUCGUGAUGAUGGUCCCAUUAUAACAUUUUUCGUGAAAGAUGGCAUCAAUAAGAUCAGCUUAACAGGGUGUGAUGCUCGCAUUUUCUGUUUGGGAGUCAGAAUCGUGAAAAAGGCACAGUGUUCAACAGGUAGCUAAGAAAAUUAUUGGUAGCUGUUAUUAGAGUUUCCAAAAAAAAUUUAGUGCUGUCCCGAAGUUUAAUUAUUCAUCCUGUUUCUUAUUUUCCUAAUGAAAGCUGGAGUACACGCUUGUGUUAAAAUGUACUUCUAUUUGAUGUCUAUGUGACUGCCCAGCUCGUCUUAUCAUCGUUGUCCAGGAUUUCAUGAGAUACUUGGAACAGUUUUAACUGUUGCUCAAUUUGCUUUUAGCUGCGACAGAGUUACCGCUGUAUGUUUUAUAGUUGUGAAACCUAAGUCUUUUUCUUUUUUGUAUGUACUAAGAGAAUGAGGACUUCGCUGCUUUGUUAUGACUUUUGUAGUCAAAAGCAAAAAGUAUAGUAUCAUGUGUAAGUUAUACUUUAUUUUAGAUGUAUAUCGCAAAUUUAGAUAAAUGUUACUUUUCUUGUAA